AUGAAGCUCAUUCAUCUUGCACCUCUACUGCUCCUUCCCAACAGCGUGAUCGGGUUGGCUAUUCUUCCCGAGACUGUUGAAAUCUCCAAUGUCGCAAUCAACGAGCCUACCGGGAAGGACCUGGUUGUCUUCAGGGACGAAACUUCGAUGCAACUGGAGAAACGCCAGGCCAGGGCUUUUGCAGUUAGGGUGGCUACUGGAAGCGUCAGGGUACUCGGGAACCUGAGUUUCCAUGUUAUCUCGUUUGCUGCCGGUAUCCUCACCACGGAACUUGCCAACAAGAUCGCUGCGCCUAUUGUUGCCGAAAUCCAUGAAAGGGGACGUUUGAUAUGGAGCGCAAGGAUAGAAGGAAGAACUUGUUCCCGCAGAGUGGUCGUCGAAUGCGAGUCCAACGAUGUGGAGAUCCGACUUGUACCUACGUAG